AUGGCGGAUGUGCUGCUUGAAGUUGCAGUAGUGGUCGAUGAAAAUGGAACCCCCGAUGUGCUGCUCGGAAAUGCAGUAGAGGUGGACGAGGAAGAAGUCGAUGAAGCCCCCAAGCUCGAAGUGAUCGUAGACGAAGUCGAAGCUUGUGCCCUGCUGCUGCUGCUGCUGCUGCUGCUAGUGGUGGUCGGCUGUGUCGUCGAUGCCAGUAGUGACAAGCUGGAGCUUAUUACGCUCGAGGGAGAUGAAGACGGAAUGGUGGAUGUGCUGCUCGAGGACGUGGUGGAGGCGAAAGAGGAAGAAGUCAACUCGGCCCCUGAGCUCGAGCUCUCCAUCGUCGAUGAAGACGAAGUCCGCACGCUGCUGCUACUGCUCGAAGAUGGCGUACUCGACCCCAGCGUCGACGAAGCCGAACUGGACACCGAAAGCGACGAGCUGUUUUCCACCGCCGAGGAAGAAGAAGAAGAGGUCGACUGA